ACAGCGCCGGCAGACAUGAGCGGGCGAGCCGGAGUCCUGAGCCCCAAACAGGCCCAAAUCUUAACAGAGUUUCGGGGAAGGCUCCAGGACAUCCUCCCUAACCUGCCCGCUCAGCACGACCACUACCUCCUCCGCUGGCUCAGAGCUCGCAGCUUCAAUGUGCAGAAAGCUGAAGCAAUGAUUCGUAAGCACCUGGAGUUCAGGAGACUGAUGAACGUCGACACCAUUGUAUCAGACUGGAAGCCUCCAGAGGUGAUUGAGAAAUAUGUGUCUGGAGGGAUGUGCGGGUACGACCGCGAGGGAAGUCCCGUCUGGUAUGAUGUCAUCGGUCCUCUGGAUCCCAAAGGCCUUCUGUCGUCAGCUUCCAAACAGGACUAUCUUAAGACAAAGAUCUUGCACACAGAGAAGCUGGCAAGAGAAUGUCGGCGACAGUCUGAGAAGCUGGGGAGGAACAUUGAAUCCAUCACUCUGAUCUACGACUGUGAAGGGCUGGGACUCAAACACAUGUGGAAGCCUGCGAUUGACGUCUACGGAGAGAUCCUCACCAUGUUUGAGGACAAUUACCCAGAGGGGCUGAAACGGGUCUUUCUCAUCAAAGCUCCAAAACUUCUUCCUGUGGCCUACAACCUAAUCAAACACUUCCUGUGUGAGGAAACUCAACAUAAGAUCAUCAUUGUAGGAAGUAACUGGCAGGAAGUGUUGCGUCAAAACAUUGAUGCAGAUCAGCUGCCGGUGGUGUACGGAGGAACCCUCACUGACCCUGACGGGGAUCCUCGCUGCAGAACCAAGAUCAAAUAUGGCGGUGUUGUCCCCAAGUCGUACUAUGUUCAGGACUCUGUGAAGGUUCAGUACGAUAGCAGCGUGACCGUUAGCCGCGGCUCAACAUUACAGCUGGAAUACGACGUUAAAGCUCCCAGCAGCCUUCUGAGGUGGCAGUUUUCCAGCGACGGGGCAGAUAUUGGGUUUGGCGUGUACAGGCGCACCAAAGAAGGCGACAGUCAAAAGCUUUCUGAAAUGCUACAGGUUCUGCCCAGUGAACGCUACAAUGCACACCUGGUCCCAGAAGACAGCUGUCUCACCUGUCCUGAGCCUGGAGUCUACGUGGUGUGUUUUGACAACAGCUACAGCCUCCUGCAGUCCAAGAAGGUGAACUACAAUGUGGAGGUUCUUCCUCCUGCUGAAGGACACCUGCAGACCUCCAGCAGCAGAACAAACCUGAAGCUGCAGUGAUCAAGUCCAAGACCCUCGGAUGGACGCAGCAAAAUCUACACUUCUCUAGUUUGGGAGGCUUUUUAUUUUUUAUUGUAUCUAUAGUUCAAAACAAGAAAACGUCUUUGAUAUUUCAAACCAGAACCACAGUAACAUCAUUACCUCAUCGUU